AUGGCUUCCUUUCCUGACGGGAUUCGCCUGUAUGAGGAUGAUCAAGGAGGCCUUUUUGCGUCAAUAGUCAUAGCAAAUGACGUCGAAAACUUGCUUCGUUACGUUGAAGACUGUGGCCCGCCAUUAUUCGGCGAACCCGCAGAGUGCGAGGACGACUAUUUUUUUACGGCUACCGUGAACGGCAGCACCGAUACUCUUCGCGUCCUCGCAGAGAUUUAUCAAUCUGACCACCGUCAGAAAGAACCGCUCAGAUCUCGACUUGAACGUCAAAAUAUUCGACUUCUGAAUCUAGCUUGUGCGAACGCUCAGUUUAAGACGGCUGAAUAUCUCAUGAAUUGCGGCGCGCCAUUGGGCGAAAUGUUCAAUGAGCGAGGAUACGCCGAUGCACCUCUUACAGUCGCCUGCCAGGGAACUAUUGAAGAUUUUGUAUGCAGUCUGCUGGACAGAGGCGCUUCAGUUCGGGCCACCAAUGAACAACUUCCAUCAACUCAACGACCUACAGUGCUGGGGGCAGCGGCAGCCCUGGGGAGCUACAACCUAGCAUCUCGACUCAUUGCCGACGGAGCCGAUCUUCAUGGAAAAGAGACAUGGCAUGAGAGAGCCACAGGCUCUAUUGACAAUGUGACCGCGCUACACAUAGCUAGCGGAUCCUGGAACCUAGCUUUCGUUCAAGCCUUGCUCGAAAGCUAUGGCGCUGAUGAAUUUGCUCAGGCGGCAUCGGCAUCUGACAGUAGAGGACGACUUCCUCUUCACUGGGCUUUGCUUAAUCUCGAUAAUACGUUCAAUAAACCGUCGGACGAGCAAACCAUAUCGACGGGGCUCAAAGUUGUUAAUUUAUUACUGGAGUCCAACCCAGACACUAUCAAUGUACAGAGCUCACAUGGAGCAGCCUUCAACUUCCUCACAAAUGGCUAUGUUAUGGGUGCUGGAAGUCUGGCCCUCAUGAAAGUUCUCCUCCGCUUCAGCCCAAACAUUAGCACUGUCAACGCACAAGAUCAAUCAGGUGCAACUGCUCUCUUGACAGUAUUAUCUUACCAUGAGACGUGCAAUAUAGUUCGUGAAAGUUACACUAUACCAUUGGUCGAGCUUCUCCUCGCCCAUGGAGCCGACAGGACGGCCUAUGACAGGAAAGGUCAAACCGCGCUACACAAGCUAGCUGCUAGCCCAUCAUACGACGACCCAAUCAGUCCAGAUCUGCUUGAGAAGUUCAUUCCGUCCGUCGAUAUCAACAAAGCCGAUGUCAACGGCUGGACGGCCCUUCACUGGAUGGCAAGAAACCUGCGGCAAGUCGAGGCGUCUCGUUUACUAGUCCAUCGGGGUGCUGAUGUGAAUACGGUCAACAAAAAAGGCAACACGCCUCUCCAUGAAGCGAUGGGAGGCAGGCUCAUAAGGAAAGAGAUGGCAGACGGAACGCUUGAUUACCCCACCCUUGCAGAGAAGAUCCGGGUCCUCGACGAGAUCGUCUCGAUAUUACGAGAAGCCGGCGCAUCAAUAGAUCAGCCUAAUUUGGCACGCCAAACGCCCGCGCAGCUACAAGAGCAAAAGCGGGCAAGAUGGGAGAAAGGGGGUGAAUAG